AUGACUGGCUCUUUGUUCUUCGCGAAGUUUGCGACGGCGCUUCUCGUCCUCAGCCUCAACGUCGGCACUCACGCAGCCGAAUGCGUCGUUCCGCACAAUGAGAAUGGGACGGACGACUCUCCGGCGAUACUUGAGGCCUUCACCACCUGCGCGGAGGACUCCGUCAUCACGUUUCAACAGAAGAACUACAGCGCGUACACGCCUAUGAGCUGGGUCAACCUUAAGAAUGUGACGAUCAACCUGCAAGGAAAUCUGCUACUUCCAAAGAACAUCACUGCGGUGCAGAUUGCCAUCAACGAGACCAACAACCAGCCAAGCACUUACGCCACGCCGUGGUACUACAUUCACGGCGAAGAGGUCACGUUUAAGGGGUCGAACCAGUCCCAAUGGGGUGCCUUCCAUGGCUUCGGGCAGCAAUGGUGGGACAUCGAGAACCAAACGCUCCGUCCCCAACUAGCGACCUUCAACGUCACCAACGGUACGCUAAGCGGGCUGAAAGUGAUCAAGCCCGUUGCGUGGGGAUGGAACAUUCCUGGUAAAAAUGUCCUCGUCGAAAAUCAUUACGUCGACGCGAAGCCAAACAAUGGGACAAGGAACAGCACGAUCAGCUUCCCGUUCAAUACGGAUGGGUUCAACCUUUCCGGCCAAAACAUCACCAUCGACGGUUAUUGGGGGGAGAACGGAGACGAUUGUGUUUCUGUUGUCUCUGGCGCUCGGGACAUCACUGCGCUGAAUGGCUACUGUGGCUUCUCCAGCCACGGACUGUCCAUUGGCUCUCUAGGCAAGAACGGAGCAAACUCGACCGUUGCAAAUGUCCUCUUUAACAACUGGACUAUGGAUGGCGCGGUAUACGGGUCCCGGUUCAAGUCCUGGACAGGCGGAAACGGAUGGGCGGAGAACGUAACAUGGUCGAACAUCCACCUCAUCAACGUCUCCACCGCAAUAUUCAUCACCCAGAAUUAUUUCGACCAGGAAGUCGGCAAGCCGACCGGCGCCGGCGCGAACGCGACCAAGGUCGUCAACUUCCAUUACGAGAACUUCACCGGCUCGCUGAACGGCAACUGGACGGACGGCACCUGCUCGAUUAUCUUGGACCUGUACAAUGAUACCGCGACGAACCUAACCUUCACGAACAUCUCCGUUUCGCAACACAAUGGAAGCAACCCGAACGUCUUGUGCGACGCAAGCGCACUGGCGCCUGGAGAGCAAAGCACGCUUGGAUUCAACUGCACCGAUGGACCGUUCAAGGUGACGAGCGUCAACAGCAGCAGUUCGACUGGAGGAAAAAGCGGAAGCAGCGGGGCACUCUCUGUGAGAAAUGACGCGGUCCACGUUAUUUCAAUCAUCGUGGCUCCGGUAAUGAUCGCAAUGUUAUCGAUGUUUUGA